UACUCCUCUUUCUAUUCAGGCCUCUCCUAUUCAUAUUCCAGUCUCUUUUUCAGAUCAGUGCAUGGUUGCUAGGGGAAUCUGAACCCUAGCAACCAGAUUGCUGAACCUGCAAACUAAAGUGCUGCUGAAUAAAAAUGUAAAUCACUCAAAACGUACAAAUAAUGAAAAGCACAUUUUCUCUCAGACAUUGCCUCAGUCAUUAAAUAAAAUGCCUCACACAUGUAAACUAAUGGAACUGCUGUGGAGGAAACGUCGACUGGUCAAUGUGUAAGACACUUAAAGUUCGUUUAAAGGCAGACUUGCCCUUUAUUUCCUCCUCUACAUGCCACCAACACUAUUCUAUAAAACAAUUCAGUUUUGACCGAUUACGCGUUACAUAGUCCAUUUAUUACAGUGCAAUGAGUUGCUAGGUGUUCAAAUAAAAAGCCACGGAUGACCGUGGGGGUGGGCGUGGUUAAAACCUCAACACUGUGAGGGGUGAAAUCCGCCAUAUUGGUACACCCAUCAUUACCGCAACGCAUACAGAUUCAGCCAUCUUUGUACACCCGAGCCCUAGCAAACGUUACUCCAGUCACGUCGGCACUUUGUUUUACACCAAAAUAAACGGUGCCCGUCGCUCGCCUGAUUUUAUUGGAAUUUUUACGGAAGUAUGAAACGUGUCGUAUAUAGCGUGUAAACGGCUUGGGGAGAAGUAAGAAAACGUCCCCAUGUGAACUGGUUAAAACUCACAGACUACCCUAUCCGCCAACACCCUAUAGAGUUUCGCUUCGCAGGUUUGACAAUCAUUCAAGGAAAUAAUCCGAAAAACAGAAAUAAGCGAUUCUUUUCAAAGUUCGCUAAACGCAGGCGUCGUUGGAGACAGCCUUUGAUCUCAGGGGUCCUCGCUCUGGCCGCCGUGUCAGAGUUUAUAACCGCCUCUUUCACUGACUGACAGGCCGGUCGCCCAAUCGUAAAGGAGGAUUUUCUUCUGUCACCAGCCAGGCCUCCAUUUCCUGCUGGCGCAGCGGAGACACACACAUACACACAGCGCGGCCGGCCUGUUGUCUUGGCAGUGAGGGCCACGGAGCAUGAAAUUCCCUUCUCCUCUGUGACUUCACGGUGUCUAAUUCUGGGGCCAUGCCCGGCGCUUGCUCCUCGCAGACCGGUCCCGGCUGAGUCUCCUCACGCCCCAGAGAGCCAUGUCCGCCACUUACACUGACCUGAGGGAGAAGCUCCAGUCCCUGUCCCGGGACAGCCCGAAGGAAGUGCGGAAGCGCAAACAGCCGGCCUCGGACACGGAGGAGGAAGAAGCGGGGUCCGAGCCGGAAGCAGAGGAGGAGGAAGCGCGGAAGGUUCGGAGCGGGAUCCGCCAGGUGCGACUGUUUAGCCCCGACGAGUGCGCCGCAAUUGAGUCGAAGAUAGACGAGGUGGUGUCCCGCGCUGAUAAGGGGCUGUACCGGGAACACACGGUGGAUCGGGCCCCGCUCCGCAACAAGUACUUCUUCGGGGAAGGUUACACGUACGGGGCUCAGUUACAGCGCAGGGGCCCCGGGCAGGAGCGACUCUAUCCCAAGGGCGAGGUGGAUGAGAUCCCGGGCUGGGUGCACGAGCUGCUGAUCCGCCGCCUGGUUGAGCACAGGAUCAUCCCCGAGGGCUUCGUCAACAGCGCCGUCAUCAACGACUACCAGCCCGGCGGCUGCAUCGUGUCCCACGUGGAUCCCAUUCACAUCUUCGAGCGGCCCAUCGUCUCCGUGUCCUUCUUCAGCCACUCGGCGCUCUGCUUCGGCUGCAAGUUUCAGUUCAAACCCAUCCGCGUGUCCGAACCGGUCUUCUUCCUGCCCGUGCGGAGGGGCAGCGUCACUGUACUCAGUGGCUACGCGGCUGAUGAAAUCACACACUGCAUCCGACCACAGGACAUUACGGAAAGGCGAGCUGUUGUCAUACUUAGGAAAACCAGAACAGAAGCUCCUCGACUGGAGAUGAAAUCCCUGAGCAGCAGUUACCAACCUGAGCGUCUGUACGGCAGCAACCGGCAGCAAAUCUUAAAACCAAAGCGGUCCCAUCGCAAGGCUGACCCAGAUGCUGCUCACAGACCUCGCGUCCUGGAAAUGGAUAAAGAGGAAAACAGAAGGUCGGUACUUUUACCGAAACAGAGGAGGCGGAGCCACUUCAGCUCCGAGAACUAUUGGCGAAGGUCACAUGACUAUGUGGACACCUACACAGAAACGGGAGAAGACGAGGGCAGCCCAGUCCGUAAAGUUAAAAUGAGACGACACUGAGGCGGCCACUUUUCUAAACCCGAGAAGUCCUGACUUUUUUUCCAGACUCUCUAAUUUUGUUUCUCCAACUUGGCUCUCCAACGGUUUCUUUGUGAUUUUUGCCCCGUGGCUAUGGGGGUGCACCGGAAAUGAUGAUUAAAUGAUUCUCCGCUGCUCAUGAUUAUUCCACCCAAUGUUCUCGUCGCGCAAUAGAAUUGGAGCUGUAUAGAAGCCGGUGGCUACUAGGAAUACUGUUGGAUUUGGAUCGGCCUAUAGUAAGGAGGAUUUGCAGCAGCUGCAAGAGAGAGAGAGAUCAGAGAGUACAAUAUACAAGAGACUCCCAUGGAACAGUUGGUUGAUGUUUCAAUUAUUUGUUUAGCACCAUUUCUCCAACCCUCACCCCUUUUUUUUUUUUUUUUUUUUCUUUUUCCUCUGUUUCUCCCCAAAUAAAAGCAACCAUUCUAUUCACUAA